UUCUCAUAGGCUAUCCAGAUUAUGAUUGGCAUCUUUAGUGUUUUCAUGUGGUAUCUCCUGUUGAUUUUGUAUAUGGGACAAAUUAAAGGAGUCUUUGGGACAUACGAACCUAUAAGUUACAAAGCAGGAUGUGCUUUAUGGGGUGUUAUUUUUGUCGUGUCAGGAAUUUCCAUAAUAAGAGCAACAAGGCAUCCAUCUCAACGCCUGCUUGUAUGUGCUAUGAUCAUGAACAUCUUAUGCAUGAUUGCUGCAAUUAUAGCAGUGGUUCUAACAAUAUUGGAGUUGUCUUCUUUUCAUUCUGUAUCAUAUAGAAAUUAUGGACAAGCGAAACUUGGGAGAGAAAUUUCACGUGUUUUACUGGGCUUCUACCCCUUGGAAUUGGGUAUCUCAUUCACAUACACAAUCUUCAGCUGUGUUGGUUUGCCAGGGAAUCAGGAGUGCCCCGAUUGUGAUGCCAAAAGCCGUCAGAGGAUGAUGCCAACACAGGCAGCAAAGGGUUUGUCUAUGUCAACUCCCUUCCCCAACAUCUCUUUCUCUCUCCGUGUCCCGGGACCUGCAGAAUCCGCAGGGCUUCGAGGACCCCACCACGCAGGUGUUCCCACGGGGCUCCUGGUGCAGCCGCCCCGGAAGCGGCGCUCUUGGCUGCAGUUGCAGCGGUGGAACCGCGUGGGGGGUGAUGAGGGGCACCACCAAAGAAGCAGCGCCCACUCGGCAAGUGCUGCCACCAGGACUUCUGGGGCAGAAAAGGCCCGAACUAAGGGCGCACCCGAGAGAGCCCACCACUCUAGCCCUGUGAUGAAGUAA